AUGACACCUUAUGGGGAGAAAUACUUUAAUUUCACAACUGCGGAGGAUAUCGCCAGCACGAAGCUGGAAAAAUUGUGGGCGCGAGAAAUCGAUUUCGUUCUGACAUUCGGCGAUCGGAUUUUCGAGGGUAAAAAGGUGACAUCUGCGGACUGGGAAACUGUUCUGGCAGCGAUGGAAAAGGGUCCAAGAGCGGAUUUCUUGAGGAGACUAUUCUUUCCGACCAAGGCAGACCACGAGGAUGGCAGUCUGACUGGCCUAUUAUCGUUAAACCAGAAAUGGUUCAACCAGUGGACACUGCCCCGCCUCGCAGGCGACACGUUCACUACAGGUUCAACUCAAGUGAACACCAGACGUCCCGGGUUCUUGACUAAACUUUCCGAUGUCGAGUAUCAUAAAGUUUUCAUCAACAUGCAACAAAACCCCGGCCUAACCUGCCCCAGAUGGAGUGACUUUGUUCGAACGAACCGACUAAUAGCGCAGCCUAUGAAGAAAGUACUUCAACAUGUGAUCUAUUGGACGGAUCAGAGUUUCUCGUACCCCAGAUCUUCAUCCAACGCCCUGAAAAAUUGGGAUUGGGUAGAGGAACUAGGAAAGUCUGCCUUUAGAGCAGAGAUUAACCCACGGCCAUGGAGGCAUGUUGACGAGGGAUCGACUAAUAUCCAACCAAAGUUUACUAUCACUUCUCUCCCAGACCAUAUCGGUAAAUUCAUGGAGCAACUUUGGACGUACAUCGAGACUGAACCUCUGUGGAGGGACGUUACCGUGGUGAAACAGCAGUUAAAACUACCAACCGAUAAAAAGCAGGUAAGUGUAGAGGGCGCCGAUCUCGAGGCCAUGUAUACGUACUUGGCACGCUUUGAGCAAAAGAAUUGGGCCGGAGUUGUGAUGUUGGUCGUGGGCUAUGCGGGCCCCUGCCUCAGGGGCGAGCUCUCCGCCUAUAAUGACCUUGACUAUUUGGCAAGAAACCUUCACAUUUCGUUUACUUCCUUCGGGCCACUGAACGUGAAAGCCAUCCGCAACCAGCUGAGUGAUGAGACUGAGCUAUUUUCCGCCAUGUUCUGUUACCGAGAGUUGAAAAAGGUUAUGAUCAGCACUUUGACGCACGGGUAUGGUGGGGGCUCAAAGAGGAGGUCGGAGCAGUUGUCCUUCCUCCUGGACAAGAAAGAGUGGGAGGUCGCCCGGGCAGAGCUGAUCGAGUACUCCAUGACCUUGAACCGGCGCGGCAUCAUGGUCAACGCGGACCAACUGAACGAGAGCUUAGAACGCCUAGCUCUUCCCACGCAUGCAAACCCGGUCGCUGAGGACGGAGAACCCAUCAUGGGAUUCCUGGAAAUGGAUCCCGAGAGUUAUGGCCUCGAGCAACAGGGAAAUACGGAGCGCCUGCAGGAGCUCCUAGCCCGUACAUUAGACAAGGAGAUCGAUAGCCUGUAG